AGCCUUGCGUUCGGAUUUGGUUUUACUGUUUCGCUUCUCUUCCUUCCACCGGAAAACUUCCUUUGUAUUCACCAGAAAACCACCUUCUUCACGCCGUGAAACCGCUUUUGCUCAGCCUUUGUCUUGCUUGGGCACAAAGAAAUCCUUGAAUUCUGCGGCGGAUUCGUUGUUGCGGGGACGAAAAGCUUCGGAUCUAAGAGGCUUCUAAAGCGUUUGAUUUAUUUGUUUUUGUUCUGUUUUAGCGGAAUGUGGUGGUCUGGGUUGUUGUGGAGGGUGUGGAUUUGAUCCUUCAUGGCGGAGAUCGUGGCCUAGGAUUCGGUUUAUGUGUUUUCCUUUUGGGUUGCGUUUUGAGCAGAGACGAACACGACGGAGAAGUCAAGAGGAAGCGUUCGUUAUGAGAUGGUGGAAGGAAGGGUUUGUCUAUCCAGAGAGGCUACAAAUGGGCUAGAAAUUUUGAAGCGUAAAAGGCUUCAACGACUGAAUUUGGGAAAUGCUUCUGAAGUUAUAGGUGUUACUAAUAUGAUGACGAGAAGUGGAGGGGAUGCUUUAAGAGCUUCUGCAUCAUGUGGGAUGAGGUUACAUAGAAGUUCGGAUGCUUAUUGUAGUUCUACUGGUACUUCAAAAGAAAAAGAUGCCUUUUUGAAGCGCAAGGUGGAAAAGUUUGAUACUUCUGAUCUGGAAUGGACUGAUAAAAUUCCAGAGUGCCCUGUAUUCUGUCCAACGAAGGAAGAAUUUGAGGAUCCUUUAGUCUAUUUGCAAAAAAUUGCCCCUGAAGCUUCAAAAUAUGGAAUUUGCAAAAUUAUUUCACCUUUGAGUGCUUUAGUUCCUGCGGGUGUUGUAUUGAUGAAGGAGAAAGCUGGUUUCAAGUUUACCACCAGAGUGCAACCUCUUCGGCUUGCUGAGUGGAAUAUGGAUGACAAGAUCACUUUUUUUAUGAGUGGAAGAAAGUAUACAUUCCGUGAUUUCGAGAAAAUGGCAAACAAGGUGUUUGCUCGCAGAUAUUAUAGCUCUGGGUGUCUUCCUGCCAACUACUUGGAAAAGGAAUUUUGGCAUGAAAUAGCUUGUGGCAAGACAGAAACUGUUGAGUAUGCAUGCGAUAUUGAUGGUAGUGCCUUUUCGUCUUCUCCGAAUGACCAGCUUGGGAAAAGCAAGUGGAACUUGAAGACUCUUUCUCGACUGCCUAAAUCUACGCUGCGUCUUUUAGGAAAUGCGAUUCCGGGUGUAACUGAACCCAUGCUUUAUAUUGGGAUGUUAUUCAGUAUGUUUGCAUGGCAUGUUGAGGAUCAUUACUUGUAUAGCAUUAAUUAUCAUCAUUGUGGGGCAUCAAAAACUUGGUAUGGGAUUCCUGGUCAUGCAGCUCUGGAUUUCGAAAAGGCAGUUCGUGAGAGGGUGUAUGUCCAUGAUAUUCUUUCUACUGAAGGAGAGGAUGGAGCCUUUGAUGUUCUUUUGGGAAAAACAACUAUUUUUCCUCCUAAUAUUUUGUUAGAACAGAAUGUCCCAGUCUACAAGGCUGUACAAAAGCCCGGGGAGUUUGUUAUCACCUUUCCUAGAGCAUAUCAUGCAGGAUUCAGCCAUGGUUUUAAUUGUGGAGAGGCAGUAAACUUCGCAAUUGGUGAUUGGUUCCCAUUGGGGGCGGUGGCUAGCCGACGUUAUGCUCUUCUUGGCAGGAUUCCCCUUCUUCCUCAUGAGGAGCUUCUCUGUAAAGAAGCAAUGCUACUGUUCAAAAGCUCAUCAGUUCCUGAAUGUAAAGGUCUGGAUUAUUCACCCACAGAAUUGAUUUCUCACCACUGCAUUAAGGUUUCCUUUGUGCACAUAAUGCGUUUCCAGCACCGGGCUCGUUGGUCACUCAUGAGAUUAGGAAUUGGGAUGUCUCCAACUUCCCAGGGCACUAUACUGUGCAGCCUUUGCAAACGGGACUGUUACGUGGCAUAUCUUAAAUGCAACUGUUGUUUGCAUUCUAUCUGCCUUCGCCAUGAGAUCGCAUCACUUGACUGUUCAUGUGGGAGCAAUCUUAUUCUAUUUGUGAGGGGGGAUCAUUCAGAAAUGGAAGCUGCUGCCCAGAAGUUUGAGCAGGAAGAGGGAAUAUUAGAGGAAGUUCAAGAGCAAAUAAAGCGUGGUGGCGACUUAUGCCUGCAGCCCAAUUUAUUCCAAUAUGAAGAGGAUGCAUAUUUUCCAUAUUGUGAAAUAGAAUUUGAUCUCCACCCUGAAUUUAUGAUUGAAGAUCAGUUACAAGAGAUGGAUUGUGGUUCUUGUAGCCUCCCUGUGUUGAACAAUGAGAGGAAAUUUAUGAAAACUUAUGUUAUAGACUCUUCUCUCUCUUCUGCUGCAUCAACUUUGUGCUCUUUUCUGGGUCCACAACAAAGUUCAUCUCUGCCGAAACAGGAGCACGUGGAUCUGAAGGGUUGCGAAAAAGUAGCUGGCAAUGGAAAUGCAUCUUCACUAUCCUCUCCUUCAUAUGGCAAAUGCUUGUUCACCCAUCAAGGAACUUCUCGUGGGUCACAAGUUAUGCCUGUUAAGGAUCAUUUUAGUGAUGACUCUGAUUCAGAAAUUUUCAGGGUUAAACGUAGAUCAUGCGUGAAAGCUGAAAAACAAACAGAGAACAGUGUAAUGACCUCAAAGUUCUCUGAACAGAAGGGGCUUAAACGGCUAAAGAAACUCCACCCUCGAGGAGAAUUAAGGCAGUCAUCAUCUGAUAGCUGCAUAAAUGAUAAACCUGAUCGGCAUUGUAGCCCCAACAUUAAAUCUGAGGAAGCUUCAUGUCCCUCUCCAAAGGAUAGGUUUGUUAGUGGAAACACUGCUUUCAAGUCCUUCAAGUUCAGACCAUCAUCAUCAUACUUUAAAAUUGUUGACAGGGAGGAGCCUGAGAGAAUGAAACCAAGAGAACAUAAUAGAAGGAAUGAUUUCCAGGUUGAUGUGGGAAAUACCACGAGGGAACUGUCACCUAUUGAGAUUGGGGCAAAGCGCCUGAAGGUUAGAGGUCCAUCAUUUCCUAGUAGGGAAGAGUUGCCUGGAUCAAGAAGCUGGUUUGUAGACAACGACUAGAUAUCUGGCAGACUUGCAUCUGGAGCGUCUUCUAGAGCCUGACCUGACUUUUCUAACUUCAUUUCUCUCUAAUGGGGGUUCUAACAACACACGUAAAGCCAAAUUGAUUUGACUCUGGGAGCAGCAGCAACAAUUAACAGGGUGAGUAGAAGAAAGAAGACAUUCUUUGUGCAGGCCUCAAAUUAGGGCCUGGCACGGUCAGUUUCUUGGGUUCUCGGCCGGUUUUUUAAUCUUUGGCAGGGAGCCUUUCCUGCACAAAAAGCAGAGGAGUUGGGUAGAGUCCUAUUGUAAAUUUUGUUGAUCAAUUUAUUAUUGCGAGCCAAGUGGGUAUUCCCACUGUCUCAUAGAUUAAUCUGCUGCUUCCCUUCCCACGGUUCUUUAUUCUUUUAUAUAGCAUCAAUUGGUCCUUGUAGCAUGUACUACUUUGAAUAAAAAGCAGAGAAAAUCCCCUUCUCUCUUUCAUUC